AUGGGCCAAGAAAAGCAGACUUCAGUCGCAAAGCCCAGGCCCAAGACCGGCCCGACCCAGCGCGUCUCGAGAGCAUGUCUACACUGUCGGCAGCGCAAAUCUAGAUGCGACCUGGACAGCAGCGGCAAUCCGGGAAAGCCCCCUUGCCAGCGGUGUAUUCGAGAGGGUCGCGAAUGCGUCUUGGGCAGCUCUAACAGAGGUGGUCGACGAAUCCGCAAAAAUAAGAUCGCCAAUGUCACAGCCAGCACCGAAUCAUCGGCCCGUCAAACGGUCCAGCCUGAUUCUCCUUCGACUUCUGCGCCAUCGGACAGCCGUUCAUUCUCAACACCUCAGUAUCCGGGUCCGGAUAUUUACGUGAACCCCAAUGCCGCAACGACGGAUCUGGGAACUGCGAAUGACGAUGAUGCGGCGUCUACCACCGACAGUGCCAUCGACUCGGCGGUCCCGAGGAAUCCAUCCGACGCAUGGCAAUGUCUAACCGGGAUCGCGAAACGAGGUGGCGAAGGUACAGAUACACGCCUUGGGCAGUACUCUUCUGGUGGUACCAGUGGCUUAUCAGCUGUCAAUGGGAUCGAGGCAGCUACAAAUGGCUUGCGGACGAAUCCUACUGGUAUCAAGGCAUACAAACUCGUCCAGAACGGCUCUUUGGACCCGGAAUUGGUUUUCCAGCUGGUGACGCGUUAUGGGGAGAACUUCCACCCUUAUCUUCCCUUGGUGCCGAGAAAGUACUUUGAUCGCAGCAAUCUCGAUGCAUUUGCGACCAACGAGAAGCAUUUACUCACUGCCGUGCUUACGAUUGCUUCCAAAGACUUGGUAGAUACACCGCACGUCCACGAAUAUUGCUCCAAGUACAUGCAUGAGCUGAUCUCGGGAAUUGCUGCUGGUGCGGACUGCGACGUGGAAGCGGUUGAAGCCCUGCUCCUCCUGGCGGAAUGGGAGCCGCAGGGCCUCCGCCCCCGAGUCGAGCGUGUUGGAAGAGGCGAGGAGGAUCGCGCCGCAUGGAUGCAUGUUGGUCUCGCUUUGCGUUCCGGGUAUUUUCUGGGGCUCGACCGCACGUCCUUCCGGGGCGAUCCUGCAGGAGACGCCGAGACCGAUGCACGCAAGAGACUGGCGUGGACCAGCUGCUACAUCUCGGAUCGACUCAUCUCGGUGCGGAUCGGGCGUGCCUUUUGGUCCCGAGGACCGGGCCCGAUGACGGGGUUCGUGAGUCAGGACUUUCCGUCCCUUCAGCCUGUCAAGGAGGGAGAUGAGGACUAUGCGAAGAUCAUCCAGGCCACCUUGGACCUCACGCAGCUGUAUGGCAACGUGCAUGAUGUGUUGUAUUCCGGGAUGCGCACGAGCAGCCAGAUGAUGCUCAUGGGAGAUUAUGUGAAGUAUGCCGAUGAUUUCCGCGUUGCGAUCUCGCGGUGGAACCGGGUCUGGGGUACCUUGGCUUGCUCUCCUCGGAUCAAAGUGACAUUGCAGAUGUCCUACGAGUAUUUGCGACUCUACACCAAUGCUUUCGCAUUCCAGGCGGCCAUAUCUCAGGCAUUAGUGACGAAACCAAAGGGCGGGGACGCUCAUUCUCAGAGAGAGCACUUGAGGGCGGCUUUCAGCAAUGUGGCCUCGAUGCCCGACGCUCGAUUUAUCUAUGAAUCCGUGGAUGCGGCGAAAGCGUAUCUGACCAUUCUUGUCACCUACGUUGAUCCGGAGAAGCAUCUCCAUUUCAUGCCGCUCCGAUAUUAUCUAUACAGCAUUUACGCUGCUGUUUUUCUGUACAAGGUAGGACACUUUCCAUUCGCGUCAUCGAUGGUGUACACUAACGGGGAUUUUCGAUGGCAGGCCCGAUCUUUCGGGGUCAUGACUGCGAAUGAGGAAGUGGGAGUGCGGGAAUUGGUAUCUCGCACAACAGAACGGCUGAAGCAGGCGAGCGCUGGGCCUGAUGAUAUAGGAUCCAGGUAUGCGCGUCUGCUGGAGCUUCUGUGGAAGCCCAAAUCCGCGCCGUCCACGACGUCGACCGAAGCCCGGCCCAACAACAAGGAUAUGCAGAUGUCCAGUAGUAGCUUGCCCAAUUGUGUUCCGGAGCCGACAUACAUGCAUUUCAGCCCGGCGAACGAUUUUUCUUGGCUCGAUCUGGAAGCGGUCGGCGACUAUGUUUCUGGAGAUCAGAUCCCUGGGGCAGGCGUCCUAGGGUUUGACGCCUACCAGAACUCGAGCAUGUAUAACCCCGGGCAGUCUCGUCCUGAGACGUGGCAGACUUCAUUCUGGACCGGCGAUAUGACGAACAAUCUUCUGUUUUAG